AUGGAAAAGUUGCUUGCAGAAAAGAUUGGAAUCAACAAGAAGCUGCAGGGAAUCUUGCCCCUGCUGACACUUGCAAAUUAUGCAUACGGAAUCAAGCUGAGGCCAUCAGCUUUGAUGGUUCAUGACAAGAACCGUGGAGGAGCCAUGCUGAAUGCCUGGGAUGUACACAGAAAAGGCGCUGCCAUUUUGGAUGCAGGCUUGCAGCCUAAGCUUGUGAUUCCUUCAUCAAUAUGCAUCGAGAUGGCCAGUGAUGGGGAAAGCAGGAAGAGGCAGUUGAAUGCCAAUCAGAACCUUGCUGCAACUAGCAGUGGCAUGCUGCCGGCUCCAAUUGGCGAUGAAAGAUGCCUUAAACUUGGAAACUCCCACUGGGUGAUGUUUUGCAAAGCAUUACAGGCUGGAUGCGUCAACCCAAAAGGCCAGCAGCUGCACACACCUGCAGAGCUUGAGAAAUUGAUGGCUGAGGGGUGGGAACGGCAAGCCAUUUCAGAAAAGGUUGAGCAACCCUUCCCCUCAUUCCCCAGUUUGUGCCAGAGUGCUUUGAACAGUGUCAACUCCAACGCAACCUCCACUGGAGAGCUUGAGGCCAUGCUACAGCUUGCAAGCUAUUUGAAGAGUGGUGCUACUUUGUCAGACGCUGUGGAAGCAGUUCAUGCAGCACAGCCAGUGUGUGGUCACUAUUUGCAAGACAUUGCCACCUUUGUGAAGCUCUACACUGGUGGUGAGGAUUUCCCAUUGUUGGAUCAGCUCAAAGGCUUCUGUCUUGCCAUUGGAGAGGAAAUGAUGGGCCUGCUGGCCAACUUUGACUUUAAACAAGAUGGAAGCCAAUUGGUGAUGUGCAGAAUUGCAUUGCUACAUGCCAUACUUACAUCUAAAAGAUGCACAGAUGGCUACUCCAAGCUCAUUUUCAAAAGUGACCUAGACAAAAUGAAAGGUUCACUCAAGGACAGCACAAAGCAAAUUGAAGAUUUGCUGCUUGGAGCUUGGAAGCAAACCUUGGCUGUCAUGAAGACUGGUGAAGGUGAGAAGGCAAGCUUUGCCUUUGGAAAGCUGUCAGUGCGAUUGAUCUUGGUUCUGCUGGCAAAACAAAAGCGCAGCAGAGACACAGUGGAGUUUGAUUCCUUUGAAGAAGUGGCCCAGAGGUUUACAGAUGAGUUGACUGGCAGGACAAUUUCCAGAUCAAGCCAUGCAGGUGACGAGAAAAAGGUUGUCUGCCGCAAA